UCAAUAUGACUAUCAUAACAUCACUUCAUAUUACCUAUACAUAAUAUAUACCAAUUACCUCUAGUACGUAAAUUAUAUUUCAUUGUAUAGUUUAUUGAAAACAUUAUAGAAAAAUACGUGAGUUAUAUAUUCAAAUAAAACUUCAGCACGACCGUCCGUUGACGGUUACGAUUAAAUUGCUUUACAUUACUUCCUAAUAAUAUGCACAGCGAAUCGCUAUUGGAAUACGUGUUGAUAAACUAUCGAUGGGUGUUCGUGGUUUUCUUUCUUUUGCCGUGUACCGUGUUGGGUAAGAUAUGGUCGGUAUUCGAAAAUAGUUUAUGGUCACGUCAUUCCGGACUAGAACACGAAAAAAAGCUUAACAAUAUUCAACGUCAGAUCCGACAUAGAAAUAAACAUGCUCCCGAUCAAGUAAUGUGUACGGCUAGACCGAGUUGGAGGAGUAUGACUAUAGCUGACAUGGUUUACAAAAAAUAUAUGUUCAAUGUAAACGUUCAUCUGGACGGAAUCAUUUCGAUCGACGCUAAGAAUCGAAUAGUCAGAGUAGAGCCGGGUAUUACCAUGGGGCGAUUGAUUCCGAUUUUGAUUGAAUCUGGUUGGACGGUGCCCGUGGCCUUAGAUAUGGAAGAUCUAACCAUCGGCGGUCUCGUUAUGGGAAUUGGAUUGGAAUCGUCAUCGCACAAAUUCGGAUUAUUUCACGAAUCCUGUAUACGUUAUGAACUCAUUACGGCCAACGGCGAUUUAAUUACAUGUUCAAAGUCAGUGAAUACAGAUAUUUUCGAAUCUGUACCAUAUUCGUAUGGAACUUUGGGAUUUUUAACAGCGGUUGAUAUUCGGAUAAUACCAGCAAAAAAGUAUGUAAAACUCAAGUACCGUCCAAUUCGUACUUUAGAAAAAAUGGAGUCUAGACUAAUAGUGGAAACUAGUGAUUUAGAACAUAAUGAUUUUGUUGAACUAUUAAUAUACAACAAAGACGAAGGAGUUUUGAUGACUGGAAAAAUGACAGAUGGCCACAGAGACACUGAAAAAAAUGUGAACAGAAUUGGUCGAUUUUAUAAACCAUGGUUUUUUAAACACGUUGAAUCAUUUCUAAUGACAUGGAAAAUUGGCGAGGAAUACAUUCCACUAAAAGAUUAUUAUUUUAGACAUAAUAAAUCAUUAUUUUGGGAAAUUCAGGAUAUAAUACCUUUCGGAAAUCACCCAGUUUUUCGUUAUCUACUAGGAUGGUUGAUGCCAGCAAAAGUUUCUUUAUUAAAAUUGACACAAACAGAUACAAUCAAGCAGUUAUAUGAUAAACAUCAUUUCAUAGAUGACUUCAUACUACCGAUUGAAUGUUUGAAAAAGUCAGUUCAAAAAUUUCAUACGACUCUCAAUAUUUAUCCAAUUUGGGUGUGCCCAGCGGUUUUGCGUCCGGGAAAAGGUCUUAUGCAUUCACACACAUCAGUAGGCAAUAUGUUCGUCGAUAUUGGUUUAUACGGUGAACCUAAAGUCUCUAAGUAUAACUCUACUAUUCUAAGAGAUUUAGAAAUAUUCGUACUUAAAUUGAAAGGAUUUAAGAUGAUGUACGUUGGUACAUAUUUAAACAUAGAUGAGUUUAAGACAAUGUUCGAUCAUCGAUUGUAUGACCGAAUAAGACAACAUCUUGGGUGUAAAUCGAAAUUUCCAGAAGUAUACGACAAAGUAAACAGGAAAGCUAGAGUAUAAUACAUUUUUAAGUUAUAUUAAAUAAAAAAUUGAUUAAUAAGAUCAUGUACUUACGCAUAAAAUAUUAUUAUAUUUUAACUGCUCAAAUUUUAUGAAAAAACCGUGUUCUUAUAAUUAUUAACAUAUUAAGAUUAAUAAUUUUUUUAAUUUAAUUUUAAUAUUUACGUAUUUUAGAAUGUAUAAUCGUUGUUUUCCAAGAAUUAUGAUUAAAAAGUAAAAAGUAAA